AUGGCAUCAUCUUCUCUACAAAUUUGUGCAUUGCUGCUGGCUUUAGCAGGAUUCACCAUUUUAAUUGUUACUACCAUGUCCAAUAGAUGGAAAAUUUCAGACACCGCAACAGUGCUAGUUACUGCAGACUGGAUUUCUGAAGGUCUUUGGAUGGACUGUGCAGUGACUGCUUUUGGAUCAAUACAGUGCAAGAAAUUUAUCUACAUGUUGAGUUCAGACACUCAUAUUCAGGCAUGCCGUGCCUUGAUGAUUGCUUCCAUCCUUUUGGGAUUCGUAGCUACGGUACUCUCGCUGCUUGGUUUGAAGUGCACAAACAUUGGGUUGAGCGAUGAAGAUGCAAAAAUGAAGUUUGCUGUCACGGGAGGGUUUCUCUUUAUUUUAGGAGGUCUCUGCUCCAUGGUGGCUGUUUCUUGGUAUGCUGCGAUGGUUACUGCUCAGUUUUUUGACCCAUUGUAUGCUGGAACCAAGUAUGAACUAGGACCUGCUCUGUACUUAGGCUGGGCUGGAUCUGUUCUUUGUAUGCUUGGUGGGAUCUUCCUCACCUGUUCUUGCAAAGGGAAGAAAAAACAGGAUUACAGUUGCAGCAAAUACGCCUAUUCAGCAGGCCAGGCAGCUCACCAGCAGCGCAUUUACACCAAAAACUCUGAGACAGUCAUAAGCAACAAGGAGUAUGUCUAAAC